GAAGUCCUGUUAGUCGCCUCUGACUGGGUACCAACCCCCUAUUACUCUGCAGGCGCGUGAAGGAGAAGGAAACUCGCUGGGACCGUGCAGGUCUCCGCUGGAGCCUAGGCUAGAGAAGCAAACCGCCUUGGUUGGAACCUUGCUGCAGGUUUGAAGGUGGGAUUCAUCCUGAACCUAAAGGCUCGGUCCACCUUUCUCCGGGAGGAGAAUACAGCAGAAGACACGAGAAGGAAAACGAAUUCACUUGGUUUUUGUUGAGAUUCACUACAAGCAUCACAGAAGCCUAGGAUAGGCUGAAGACUACUAGCCUGCACCAUUAUUCACACAUCCCUUGAACGUUCUCUUCAAUCAGGUGAAGAAAGACCCUCUUCUUUCUGGCUACAAGGCUCACACACCUAUAAGCAUGGGUCGGGCCCGGGAAAUGGGUUGGAUGGCAGCUGGACUGAUGAUUGGGGCUGGUGCCUGUUACUGCAUGUACAAACUGACCAUGGGAAGAAAUGAGGGGAACGAGGUGGAGAACGAGGAGGAAGAUGAAUGGGAUGAUGAGCAGGAUCUGGAUGAAGAGGAGGCAGACAUUUGGUUUGAUUUCACAGCAAUGGCUCGACCCUGGAAUGAGGAUGGGGAUUGGGAUGAACCUGGGACCCCAGGUGGGACUGAGGACAGACGGUCAGGUGGUGGAAAGGCAAACAGAGCACACCCAAUCAAGCAGAGGCCAUUCCCUUAUGAACAUAAAAACGUAUGGGGUGUACAGAGCUUUAAAUCCUACAGUUGUGUGCUUGACCUGACCAAGUAUGCUUUCAGUCAAAGAAAGAAAAUGUUCUCAGAGCCCACAAAUGGCUUUUCCCUUAGCCACAAUGUCAGGAAGCAUUUGGCCAGCCUCUCAGUGGUUGGAAACAGGUGUUCCACCCCCCAGCCCACGGUGAGGGAGAAGGCUUUGUGUGUCCCUGAA